CUAUAAAAGUUGUUAAAGCUAACGUGUGCUCUCUCAUCAGUGUGUGCAAUGGUUUCUAGGCAUAUUGAUGGGCAGAUUGCCCCAUAUAUGUAUAACAUGAAACUUGCAGGUUUGUGAAAGAAAUGCAUGAAUAUUGAAUGGAAAUUCCAUCAUGGGGUUGAAGAUUUUACAGUGUAGUUUAACAUCAAAUUUUGGAUUACACCUCUAUAGAUUAUUGCUUGAUGUUUGAAAAAAGGAGCUUUUCACAUCUGUUAAUCUUUCUCCCUCAAUUUUUCUUGCUUUUAUACCACCAUCCUUCUAGUCGAGACUGAAAACUGGAUGGAAUUUCCUUUGAAGCCAGUCAGAACAACUUAUUCUGUUAUUACAGUGAUCAUGAAUUUGUAUAUUUUCCAAAGGGCUCAGCACCUCUCCUAGUUGCUACUGACCCAUGGAGAGAGACCAGAAAUCGAACAGGAGUCAUCUGGCAUGACUGUGGGGAACACUACAAUGAGAUCAUUUCCAAGCAUACUAAAGCUAGCUAUUCAUGGAAGGACACGGGGUGACCAAGACGGAACACAUGGACACCAUUGAGGCCCAUGCAGUGGCCCAGCAGGUGCAGCAGGUCCAUGUGGCCACCUACACAGAACACAGCAUGUUGAGUGCAGAUGAAGAUUCGCCAUCUUCCCCUGAGGAUACCUCCUACGAUGACUCUGAUAUCCUCAACUCUACGGCUACCGAUGAAGUCACUGCUCACCUGGCUGCUGCAGGCCCAGUGGGAAUGGCAGCAGCUGCCGCCGUGGCAACAGGUAAAAAACGAAAGCGACCCCACGUGUUUGAGUCUAACCCCUCCAUCCGCAAGAGGCAACAGACACGUUUAUUACGGAAGCUCCGUGCCACGCUAGAUGAGUACACCACCCGAGUGGGGCAGCAGGCCAUUGUUCUUUGCAUAUCCCCCUCCAAACCCAAUCCUGUUUUUAAAGUGUUUGGUGCUGCACCUUUGGAGAAUGUGGUGCGCAAGUACAAGAGCAUGAUCCUGGAAGACCUGGAGUCAGCGCUAGCGGAGCAUGCACCUGCGCCACAAGAGGUGAACUCCGAGCUGCCCCCCCUAACCAUCGAUGGGAUUCCUGUCUCUGUGGACAAGAUGACCCAGGCGCAGCUGCGAGCAUUCAUCCCUGAAAUGCUGAAGUACUCAACAGGUCGUGGGAAGCCGGGCUGGGGGAAAGAAAGCUGCAAACCCGUUUGGUGGCCUGAGGAUAUUCCAUGGGCAAACGUUCGCAGUGACGUCCGUACCGAGGAGCAGAAACAGAGGGUGUCCUGGACCCAGGCGUUACGGACGAUUGUGAAGAACUGCUACAAACAGCAUGGGCGCGAAGACCUUCUCUAUGCCUUUGAGGAUCAACAGACGCAGCAACAGACUGCCGCUACGCAUAGUAUAGCACAUCUGGUCCCCUCGCAGACAGUGGUCCAGACCUUCAGUAACCCUGAUGGCACGGUCUCCCUUAUCCAGGUUGGCACCGGUGCUACAGUUGCUACUCUGGCUGAUGCCUCUGAGCUGCCUACCACAGUCACCGUUGCACAAGUCAAUUACUCCGCGGUAACGGAUGGAGAGGUGGAGCAGAACUGGGCAACGCUACAGGGGGGAGAGAUGACUAUCCAAACGACGCAGGCCUCAGAGGCCACGCAGGCGGUGGCAUCGCUGGCAGAAGCAGCAGUGGCAGCAUCUCAAGAGAUGCAACAAGGAGCAACCGUUACCAUGGCGUUGAACAGUGAAGCAGCAGCUCACGCUGUCGCCACGCUUGCGGAAGCCACCCUUCAGGGGGGAGGACAAAUUGUCCUGUCCGGUGAAACGGCAGCAGCCGUGGGAGCGCUUACUGGAGUCCAGGAUGCUAAUGGCUUCCUAGCAGCAGACUGUUCAGGUUGCAAGUGGAGUCUAACAGAAAAUUCCACAGCCCCUCUUUUUUUAUCAACUAAGAAGAACAUAAGGUUUGUACAGAUGCAUCAGAACGAGGCCAAAAUGACAGAAGAGGAAGGGCUCGUCCAGAUCCCCGUCAGCAUGUACCAGACAGUGGUAACCAGCCUCGCCCAGGGUAAUGGUCCCGUCCAGGUCGCCAUGGCGCCCGUGACUACACGGAUAGCAGACAGUGCCGUCACCAUGGAUGGUCAGGCCGUGGAGGUUGUGACCUUGGAACAGUGACGUUGCCACGGCAGGAUCAUGAUGAUGUUUUUUUCCUCGUCUCUUACGUGAAUAAUUUUUUUACGCCUCUUCAGAGAUGCAAUCAGGUGGCAUUGAGUCUCCCAGCUUUGGAAGCAAAGGUUUCGUUAACCUUUUUUUAAAAGGAAAAAAAAAAAAAGCAGAGGAUGUGUGUUAAGUGCAUUUUUAUAGUGCCGCUCUGAUCUUGUGGGAGUGGAAAGCCAAUUUGUGAUGGACUUUCAUUCUGAGGAUAUUUAAAUAAAAACACAACACACACACACACACCCCGUCCCCUCCUCCGCAUGAAAUCUCUCGAUUAGAAUCUGGGCAAGAUGGGAAAUCUCCCACCUCCUGUAGGAAGUAGCCGUGGCCUUGGCUGGGGACAGUCCCAACAGUGCUGUUGGCCCCGCUAAGCCAGCAGCGAUUUCUGCAGUGGCUCCUGGAGUCAGGCUCCUCUGUCCUAUCACUGGGAGAAUUAGGCUGUCACACAUUUUCACGUGGGGGGAAAAAAAGGGGUGGGGGAGAGUUAGGAAAAAGGCGCUUGCCCAACUGCGUAGGGGCAGCAACAGCCUUUCGACAGGAUAAAGCCCUUCGGAGGGCAGCCAUUGAUUACCCAUGACACCUGUAAGAGGAAAACUCUGGUAUGGAAGUUCCCAAACACCCUGGAGAGUUUCCGCCUGGCUCUCCUGUGAUCCACCUUCAAGACCUGCCCGCCUCUUCUCUGCUGUUGAAAUGUAGCUGGCAUUUAGAAGCCUUCUCUUUACUAUUUCAUGUUUGUAAAUGGAGACGGCAAUGGACUAUCUGGUGGGGACCUACGGCCGGGGAAGGGGAGUUACUGACUCGGGAAAAUUCUUCCUUCUGCUGUGUAUCCCCCAAGGACUCCUUUUGUAUCUGAACCCUGUUCCGCCCGGUUGCCGAGAGGUACGUUGAGUUCAUGCGAGAUGUGUCUGUCACUGGUGUGCUCAGAGCCGGGAUAGGACUGUACGAAAGAGAUGACCCUCUGUCCCAGCCUCUACCCACCCAGAUUAACUAAACCCCACAAUGCUCCCUUGUUCAGUAAAUCUGGGGGUCAAGUUGGCCCUUCCCAUAACCCACUGCCGUGGUUUGCGUUCCAUGGGUCCUGCGCCUGUUUCUGCUGUAUGUGCAUUGCCAGCACAGCUUUGCUGCUGCUCGUUUUUUUUAAUCUACUUCAUGCGAAAACCUCCAGGCCAGCAUAAUGUCUGGUGGGUUUUCAGUGGCUGAUUUUACUUGACUUUCCAAUGGGCCAAACCUUUGCUUCCCAAAACCAACACACACUGCCCCUCCCUCAGACAAGCUCCUCCCUUCUUUUAGCCACACCCUCCCUCGGUGUGUGCAAUUGUGCAUGGUAUUUAAUUUUUUUUUAAAGUGGCCAUUUAACACAAUUCUCCACGUCCCGCUCCACCUUUGAGAAAGUUUUCAGAUUCUUGUAUUUACUUGUUUUAUAUGAAAAUAUCAAAUGUUCUUUGUAUAUGUUUUUCUGUACUUCAAGGAGGGGAGGGAACCAUUUCCAGAGAAACAGCCCUGCUUUUCCGAUUUUGUUAUUUUUUUAAACUAUUAUUAUUUUUUAUUGUCGUUGUGAAAAUGUCCAGUGGCUUUAAAGUCCGUGUUUCUUUGGCAAUGAAAUAACGUUCUUACAGUCUAAGAAAUUCUCCCCAGAAAAAGGAAAAAAAAAACCUGUCAAGUAGCAGAGCAUGGAAUACCUGUUGUUUUCCCAUUCUGUCUAUUAUUGCCUCAUUCAAUAAAUUGUUACAAAUGUGUCUGUA